AUGUAUAUUAAGCUAUCGUUUCUUAUUAUAAUUCUUCUAUUAAUUAACCUAGUCACUCAGACUGAAUCAAGAUUCGAGUUUACGAAUUUUAUUUGCAAGACUUUUGAUAAACAAUUUGGAGAAUUCGAGUAUUGCUAUCUGAAAUCGGUAAACCGUACAUACAAAUAUAUAUCCGGAAAAUUUAAACUCCACCAACUCCCGAUAACUAAACUUAGGGUGAAUGUGGCAUUGUGGAAACGGUUCAAUGGCUACAAGCCAUUUAUGUAUAAUAUAACAAUUGAUGUCUGUGCAUUCCUGAAAAAUCAUAAAUCAAAUCCUGUAAUAAAUUUUGUCCACGAAUCCCACUCGAACUACUCAAAUAUUAACCACUCAUGUCCCCUAAAUCAUGACAUUAUUCUGGAAAAGCUUCCAAUUGAUAUUCUUAAUCACAGAUUUACUGCAGUUCUUCCGUUUCCAGAAGGCGAUUACCUAGUCAGAUUGUACUGGCUGAUUGGUAAAACUCGUACUGCUUUGGCAGAGGUUUUCUGGACACUUUCAUAA